UCUUUUUUGACCUUCAAUCCGGUCUUUCGGAAAUUUCCGAUCGUUGGAAUAUUUCUGAAAAUUUAGUAACUAGAAGUCGUAAAAGUUGAUAUAGGCAACGUUCGCCAAGCAUGCCGAAAAAGUUUGAAGGAGAAAAUUCAAAGGUGGCAGUUGCCAGAGCGCGUAAGGAGGCAGCCAAACAGGCAGACCAGAAAAAGAAAGAAGAAAAGCAGGAAGAAGAGUUCUGGAAAGAUGAUGAUAAACAUGUUCAGAAAAAGUUGCAGCGCAAAGACGAGAAGGAAAAGAAAAGAGUAGAACAGUUGGAAAAGAAAACUGCACUUAAAAAUCUGGCAGACGAAGAAAUGGAAGCAAUAAAGGCACCACCUAAGCAAGCAUCCAGCAAAAUUUCUCGCCUACAAAUUCAAGCUGAAUUAGAGAAGAGGGAAGCUGCUGCCAAAGGUAAAGGAUCACAAACUAAAGUUGUGCCAGUGGAAGAUAUGGAUGCACCAAUUCCAGAAAAUAUAAAUAGAGUGGUAAUUGAUGGAGAAGUAGCUAGCUCAGUAGAUGAAGCUAUCCAAGUUCUAAGAAUUAGUGAUUCAGCUGCUGAUAUUGAACGACAUCCCGAAAAACGAAUGAAAGCUGCGUAUGCAGCGUUUGAGGAAAGACAUCUUCCGCGCCUCCGAGAAGAAAAUCCCAACAUGCGCCUUUCGCAAGUUAAACAAAUGUUGCAUAGGGAAUGGCUUAAAAGCCCAGAAAAUCCGCUAAAUGCAUCCCACUCUCAAUACAAUAAAAAAAAAUGUAUUGCUGCCAAUGAUUUACAAGGGCACCCUGUUAUUUUAGUGCCAGGUGAUGGAGGAAGUCAAAUCGAAGGGAGACUUGAUAAACCUACUGCUGUGCAUUAUGUUUGCUCAAAGAAAACUGAUUACUGGUUCAGCUUAUGGCUAAAUAUGGAACUUCUAGUUCCGAUUGUUAUUGAUUGUUGGGUUGACAACAUGAAGUUAACCUAUGACAACACUACCAGGAAAACUACUAAUAAUCCUGGUGUAGAGAUCAGAAUUCCUGAUUUUGGUAACUCAACAUCAGUUGAAUGGAUUGAUCCAAGUAAAGCAUCAGCAGGAAACUAUUUUGCCACAAUUGCUGAAUCUAUACUUAAAUUUGGCUAUGAAAGAAAUGUUUCACUGAGAGGAGCUCCAUAUGAUUUUCGCAAAGCACCAAACGAACUUCAAGAUUAUUUUGUGAACACCAAAGCACUUGUGGAAGAUACUUACAGCAGAACAAAUGGGCAAAAAAUAAUAUUUAUUACCCACAGCAUGGGAUCUCCAAUGAUUCUCUACUUCUUAAAUCACCAGACCCAAGAAUGGAAAAAUAAAUACAUUAAAUCAUGGAUCUCUUUAGCUGGUUGUUGGGCUGGCACUAUCAAAGCCUUGAAAGUUUAUGCCCAAGGCGAUAACCUGGGCGUGCGUGUACUCAGCGAAACUGCACUGCGGGAGCAGCAAAGAACUAGCCCGAGUUUAUCUUGGUUGAUGCCAUCCGACAAACUAUGGACACCGGAGGAAGUGAUGGUCCAGACAUCAGGACGAAAUUACACAAUUCGAGAUUAUCAGGACUUCUUCCUAGAUAUUGAUUUCCCGUUGGGAUAUGAUAUGUGGCAGGACACGCAUCCUUUGGUACACGAAUUGACAGCACCAGGCGUGGAGAUCCAUUGCAUAUUUGGAACAGGUGUGGAUACAGCUGAGCGACUAGUGUACAGUAAAUCAUCACCCAUUGGGAAAGCUACAAUCAUUAUGGGUGAUGGCGAUGGCACCGUCAAUGUUCGUAGUCUAGCCGCAUGCAGCAAAUGGAUCAAAGAGCAGUCACAGCCUGUCUAUGUCCAGGCAUUCCCCAAUAGAGACCACAUGGCUGUGCUUUAUGAUCCAGUCAUUUUAGAUUACAUUCAACGAGUUGUCACUGCCAGCCAGGAAGAGGAGGCGGUGCGUAAAGCGUAAGACGCUUUUAUUUUCCUUUAAAACUCAAGACUCUCUGGUUUUCUCCUUGUAUAACGUGUGCCGCCAUUUUCGAUUUAGUAAAUGCGACACCUCAUUUAUAUAACACGUAUCGUGUCAGCCUGUUAGUAUAAAUAAACAUUGUACAUUCA